UCACAGUUUUGUUUCAUCCGAAAUUUGGGAAAUGUUACAUGUUCAAUUACUUGGGAAGUAGAGUCCAACUGAAUCAGAAGCCGAUCAAUAUUUACAAUUAUGGAAGCAAUAGUGGUUUGCAAUUGAUCUUGCACAUCAACAAAAUGAAUGCCGUGGAUCUUUUGAACCAUGAGAUAGGUGCCAGAGUUAUUAUUCACGAUCCACGAGAUCUUCCAUUUGUUGCAGAGUACGGGAUCAACGUUAGACCAAAAGACAUGUCUGCUAUUGAAGUGACUCUGGCUGAAAUAACAAGAUUGGGACCCCCCUGGGGAUCUUGUGUACCGGAAGACACACGACUUUUCUUUGAAGAAAUUCCCUUCCCUUAUUCCAUUUUAGGAUGUGAAAAACUAUGCCGUCAUCGACAUUUAACAAGGAGAUGUGCUUGUACAGGAAGACAGUAUUUGCGAGGAUCUGUUCUUUUUAAAAUGACAACAAAGUAUGACUUUUGUGAAAUAGAAAAUGCUACUCAAUACGAUUGCAUGAACCAAGUGAUUGAAGACAUUGAAAAAAGAAAAAUAUCUUGCAACUGCAAAGCACCUUGUCACGAAAUGAUAUACAAGUAUAUAAGCUCAUCCAGUGAACUAAAUGAAAAAUUUUUUCGAGCAGUGAAAGCGAUACGGACACUUGAUAAAGAUUCAAAAGGCAAUUACAGAGUAGCAAAUGCAACGCACGAGAAUAUGAUGGUUGGUGUGAAAAUAUAUUAUAAUACUUUGCAAAUCGAUCAUGACAGCGAAGUGGCUUCGUAUAGUUGGCAAACUCUUGUUGCGAAUGUAGGUGGAAACUUGGGCUUUUUCAUGGGCUUGACACUUUUCACAUUUGUAGAAAUUCUGGAAUUUUUGUGGGAUAUUAUUAUGACUGUUUUCCGAAGGCGCAAUAAAUUGACUAUAACCGAACUGAAUCAAACAAACCGUAUCAACAGCUUUUCCAGCAACAGUUUCCAGCAACAGUUUUCCAGCAACAGUGGCAUCAAUGCUCCGCCGUCAUACCGCAGAACGGAUUCCAAAAACAAGUCCGUCGAAUUCAGUCAAACAAAUAAAGUCAGUAGCUUUUCAAGAAACAGUUCCAGUGGUUUCGGUAUUCCAUCAGCAUAUCACUGGAAUAACUCUCUUCAUAACGAAAAAUGAAAUGGUUCUUAAUUUUUACGGUGCUCACUGGCUUAUUUGAAUUGAACACAACCAAAAUUGGUCUAAAUUAGGUGAAAUAAGUAUCCUAUGGAUGGUUGACAGUGUGAAGCUAAGCGCAGAUGGCGCUAGGGUUUGAAAUUCGUCACACGACUUCCGAUUGAUUUUUACGCCCCAGCUUGAAAAAAACGCUUCAUCCAAUAUUAUAGUGUUUUUAUUGUAAUACUUGUAAUGUUUUCAUUAUAAAGCGUUCUUUCAAUCUGACUUCCAACGAAACAAACAACAAAUAAAUUUGAUAGAUUCUGCAAGCUUGUUAUAAUGCUACGGAAAAAAUAACAGACGGUGCAAUUUUACACAAAAAAAAGCCUAAUAAGGGAUAAAACUCAAAACAUGGCUAACCUUACACUUUAUUUAUGCUGCGUUAUUAAUUUUGUUAAAUUUGUUUUACGGUCACUAUCUGUUAGAAUUUAUAAGUUGCAGAAAAUUCUUAAGAAUGGUAAAAUUACGCCUAAAUUUAAACACAAAUCACAGUAAUAAAACUUCCUGGAAUAUUAUGCCUCUGUUCACAGAUCGCCUCGUACGGAGGGAUACACCGGAAGUUUUCUAAAUUUCUGCCGGAUUUAAGAAGCUUGUUAUUGUUUACAUUCAGUCAACCAUCCAUCCACUGUAGUUGAGAUACCAAAUCAGCGAUGACUACAUCCUUCCUGUGUAAAGAGACUAUUGCUGAUUUUUGUCAAUUUUUAACUAGAUUUUUUAGAAACUAUUUUAAACUUAGACAAUACUUUUAAUUUCAUACAA